AUGGCUGCCGAGGGAGUGACGAGUGCAGUGAACGAGUUGAUCAAAGAGGCGGUGCUGGUAGCAGUGAGAGAGGAGCUGGCUGCACACAAGGAGGAAGUGGAUGAGCUGCGGCACACUUUCACAACAGUGAAGGGGGAGUUUACAGCGAUUAAGAGGGUAUUGGCAGUGGUGAAGGGGGAGUUGGCGAAACACGAGCACGCUAUGGAAGAGAAAGUGGCUGAGAGUAGUAGGGCAUUGGAUGGAACAGGGCUGAUAGUGGAGAGUAGAAAAAGAAAGCAAGAAGCCACAGCGGAUUUUGCACGGGAGGAGGAGAGGAGGAGGGAGAUGCAGGAGUUGAAUCAGCUGCAUGCCACGGAGGACCUGGCGGCCUCUAAGGAAGGGCUGAAGAAACGAAACCUGAAACUGAAUGUUGCGCUGCAAAUCAAGCAGAGUAAAGGCGAUCAGAAGAUGGCAUGGAAGGUUGAUAUGGAGGAGGCGAGAGGAGGGCAGGGAGGGGAGGGUUUGGAGCGGGGGAUGGAGGACGCGCGAGGAGGGGAGGGAGGGGAGGGGAUGGAGGUCGAGGGAGAAGAGAAGAAAGACGAGCGGCUGGAGGAGAGGCAAGAGAGGAAGGCGAGGCAGGAAACUGACAAGGAUGUGUGGAGGAGAAAAGAGGCUGCAGUAAAAAUGGGGUGUUUGAGGAGUGAGGGGGACGCUGGGAGGAGAGACAAGGGAAAAAGGGAGGAUGGAGGGAGGAUGGUGGAGGGGGCUCGAAUGGAAAAGGACAAGAGGGAGGAGGGGAAGUGGGCUGGUCAGAAGAGGUGUGUGAAGGAAGUGAGUAACAAAGAGGUGGAGGAGGUGGGAAUUGUAAAGGAAAUAGAAUUGAAGGAACUGGGGGGGAACGUACAAGAUGUAUGUGGAGGAGGGGAGGAAGUAAAGGAGGUGGGGUUGAGGGAUGGCGAGCGGGAGCUUGUGCCAAGGGGAUGCGGUGGAGAGGAGGAGAUGGGGGAGGAGGGAGGACAGCAAGGGACAGGCGAGGCGCAGGGAGAAAGCGGCAGAUAUCCAGCUGGCUCCCGGGAGCUCACCUGCACACACAGGGAAACAAACACACAUGCAUGCGCACACCCAUCCAAUCCAAGUGCCGGUGGCAACCUCCUCCUCUCCCUGCUGCCGCUGCCUUGCGCUGCAAUUCCCGCUGGCUCUCUCUUCUCUCUUACGUAA